CCGGCGCCCGCCCGCCCCGAACCCGCAGCCGCCGCCGCCGCCGCCGACAUGGCGGCCGAGAUCCACUCCAGGCCGCAGAGCAGCCGCCCGGUGCUGCUGAGCAAGAUCGAGGGCCACCAGGACGCCGUCACGGCCGCGCUGCUCAUCCCCAAGGAGGACGGGGUGAUCACGGCCAGCGAGGACAGAACCAUCCGAGUAUGGCUGAAACGAGACAGUGGGCAGUACUGGCCCAGCAUCUACCACACGAUGGCCUCCCCCUGCUCUGCCCUGGCUUACCAUCAGGACAGCAGACGGAUAUUUGUGGGCCAGGAUAACGGAGCCGUCAUGGAAUUCCAUGUCUCAGAAGAUUUUAACAAAAUGAACUUUAUCAAGACCUACCCAGCUCAUCAGAACCGGGUGUCCGCGAUCGUCUUCAGCUUGGCGGCGGAGUGGGUGGUCAGCACGGGGCACGACAAGUGUGUCAGCUGGAUGUGCACACGAAGCGGGAACAUGCUGGGCAGGCACUUCUUCUCCUCCUGGGCCUCCUGCCUGCAAUAUGAUUUUGACACUCAGUACGCUUUUGUUGGCGAUUAUUCCGGACAGAUCACCUUGCUGAAGCUUGAACAGAGUACCUGCUCAGUGAUCACGACCCUCAAAGGGCAUGAAGGUAGCAUCGCCUGCCUCUGGUGGGACCCGAUCCAAAGGCUACUCUUCUCGGGCGCCUCUGACAACAGCAUCAUCAUGUGGGACAUCGGAGGAAGGAAGGGCCGCACGCUGCUGCUUCAGGGCCACCACGACCGGGUACAGUCACUGUGCUACCUACAGCUCACACGCCAGCUGGUGUCCUGCUCUGUGGACGGCGGCAUCGCGGUGUGGAACAUGGAUGUCAGCAGGGAGGAGGCUCCGCAGUGGCUGGAGAGCGACUCUUGUCAGAAGUGUGAGCAGCCCUUCUUCUGGAACAUCAAGCAGAUGUGGGACACAAAGACGCUAGGGCUAAGGCAGCAUCACUGCCGGAAGUGCGGCCAGGCUGUCUGCGGGAAGUGCAGCAGCAGGCGCUCCUGCUACCCCGUCAUGGGCUUCGAGUUCCAAGUCCGCAUGUGCGAUUCCUGCUACGACUCCAUCAAGGACGAGGACCGAACCUCUCUAGCGACCUUUCACGAAGGAAAACACAACAUUUCCCACAUGUCCAUGGACGUCGCCCGGGGACUGAUGGUGACCUGUGGGACCGACCGCGUGGUUAAGAUCUGGGACAUGACACCCGUGGUGGGCUGCAGCCUGGCCACUGGCUUCUCCCCACACUGACCCGGGCCCCUGGCACUGUCCGGACCUCACUGAUGGCAGCCGGCACCGAAUGCCACCCUUCCCCGUCGCUCCACACCUUCCGUCCUGUGAGCAGACAACAGCCACUAAAAAAAAAAAAAAAAAAAAAAAAAGAAUCAGCAUUUUUAAAAAGAGAAAAAAAAUGUACAGGUGUGUUUUUGGGCAUCGGCGGAACAACCUGUGGGGGCCCAUGUGGAAAAGGCCCGACGUCUGCAGUGGCAAAGCCAGGUGCAGAAUCACCUCAGAGAAGCUUCCUCCCCAGCCGGGCGAGCGUCUGAGAGGACAAGCAACACUGUUUAGGACUUCCUGUCAGCCUUGGAACUUCCUGUCAGCUGUCCCAAAUCACACUUCCCUUCAGGGUUGUUGGCCAGCAGGGCAGCCCCCUGUGGCUCUCUGUUGAUGGAGCAGGAAUCUGAGGGAGAAGGAAGAUUUGUUCUCUCUUGAGGUGUAAUAGGAGCUUAAGGACCCAGGGCCACCUACCUCCUCCCAUGCUGGCAGGAGGGGCGUUUCCUCCACAUUUAGUUAAGGACAGACUUGGUAAAGGUGUCUGUUCUUUUCCGGUGGGGUGGGACUGUUCCCUGCAGUUAGUAGGCACCUCACUCACUUCCUGGUUCCCAAGUCACAGGAGACCCACCUCAACCCUUGCUGGGUUGUGAAACUUCUGUGUUACCCCAGGGCAGUCCACAUCCUCCCCUUGCCCCCAGAAGUGCUCCAGAGAUCAGCCAGUUUUUACGGUGCUGUUGGUGUGGGAGUCCCACAGGCCACCGGCUGUUGCUCUCUGCAGUUAGUAGCAACUGAAGGGAACCCAGCUGUCGACGGGAAGUGACAAGUCCAUUCCCUGGAACCGCCCAGUCCUCCGACCAGACACAUUCAGAGCUGUGGUUCCAACAUGAACCCUUGCGAGGCCGGGAGAGUUGAGUACACAUCUCAGUAAAGAUCUCCAGAAGGGCCUAGGAGAUAGUUCAGUGGUCACACACAGGGCUUGUGUGUGAAAGGUCCGGGGGUUAGAACCCCAACACUGUUGUUAACCAGAGCUAAGCUGUGCUGCAGUCAAAAAAAAAAAAGGAAGAAAAAAUCAAACCAAAGCAUUUCCCACCAUGCUAGUUUUCUCUUGCAAUUAUCUUUGCUUAUAUUCUGUGGGAAACCCGGAGAACAGCGACCCCUAACCAGGUCCUGCCCUGUAAUUCCUAACUUAGAACCUGUUUUCCUAACAAACUAACAGAAUCAGUUGAAGCAAAUGACUUCUCAGAGCUUUCAACCUCCUUAAUCCCUAGAUGCAGAAGAGGUGGGGGGGUAUAUUUUAAUAAUCAUGCACUUAUCCGUUCUUUUUCAGCAAGGGAACAUGCCUCAGUUCUUUGUAGGGCUGUGGAUGUGGAAAUGAGUGGCCAGAGGUCUGCCAACCCUUUUUUUUUUUUUUUUUUUGGUUAGUUUUUGUAACAAA